AUGGGGGCGAUAAUAAGUACUCUAUCAAAUAUUUUGUAUUUAUCUGAAAAGGUCACAUUAUAUUUGACGUGUACAGGAAUAAUAGCUUGUUUGGUGAUCAUGUUUAUUGUUAGUUUGGGAAUGGGCAUCGGUCUCGGAUACAACUACUGCUUCGUGGAUCUGAAGACAAAAUACAAAUAUGUACCACCACGUAAACAGUGGAAGGGCUAUUAUGGAUCUGGAUAUUAUGGACAUAAUGGACCUCAUAGACCUUAUGGACCUAAUGACCCUAGAUAUUAUGGACCUCAUGACCCUAGAUAUUAUGGACCUCAUGACCCUAGAUAUUAUGGACCUAAUGACCCUAGAUAUUAUGGACCUGGAAAUCAUGGAGCCCGCCGUAGCUUCCCUGACAACCCCGGAAACCAUUCAGCAGAAGGAGAACUUGGUCCCAUGACACAAGAUAAAGAAGAUGUAGAAGACGAGAGUUUAAGAGUUCGGAUUACACCAGAACAAGACGUAACGAAGAGCCCAACUUUCCUUAAUCAGUCGGCGGUACAGCUGGGCAAUAAUGCGACUCAAUUUGUUUUAUAUAAUAUUUCGAUACCUUAUGAUAAUGAUGAUGAUGACUUCACAGUUGCUCCGUCAAACACAAUUUCCAUUGCUAACACCUCACGCAAUCAGACAGCGGAAGCUGACGAAACUACAACUGAGGAACCUACAACUGAUGAACCUGCUGAGGGUGCCGAAGAUGAUAGUGAGACUACUGUUUAUAGUUCAGACGACAAGAUUAACCAACUGGACGAGGCUACCUCAGAGGCUCCGACUAACAGUAAUGAUCCCAACAAUAGAAGAGUAAAGAAACUCGUUAUACCAAUUAGCGGUUUGGACUUGAUUAGUCUUCUAUCCAAACUAAAAGCCGAAAACAAAAACUAUUCACUCCAGAUUGUUACAACCUAA